AUGGUAAACACACAAACAGCAAUACAAACAGCAAUGAAAACCGUAACAGAAACAGCAACAGAAACAGCAACACAAGCAAUAAAUUUCAUAAGAGAGAGUGUCUCUGAAAUAUCACUAGACAGUAUUAAAGAUAUAAUAUACGCAUCUACUGAUGAGCAGAUUGAUUUAAGAAACAGAUGUAUACUAAUCAGUAUAACAGCAAUUACACUAAUUAUAGUCACAUGUAUAUACUGCAUAAUCAGAAACAAACUUAAAGCAGCAAAAGCAAGAAGACAAGCAGGACAAACAGAAGCAGAGAGACAAGAAGAAAAAAGAAAAAAAGCAGAUGCAGAUGCAGCAGAAAGAAGAAAAGCAGAUGCAGAAGAAGCAGAUAAAUUAACAAAACAAGCAGAAGAAGAAAGAAUACAAGCAGAAGAAGCAAGAAGACAAGCACAUGCAAAUGCAGCAGAAAGAAGACAAGCAGCUGCAAUAAAAAAACAAGAAGAAGAAAAAAGAAUACAAGCAGAAGAAGCAGAUAAAUUAACAAAACAAGCAGAAGAAAAAAGAAUACAAGCAGAAGAAGCAGAUAAAUUAACAAAACAAGCAGAAGAAGCAAGAAGACAAGCAGAUGCAGCAGAUACAAUCGCAGAAGCACUUACACCACAGAUAUUAAUAGAAGCACAAGCACAGGCUGUCAAGCAAGUACAAGCAGCAGCAAUAAGACAAGCAGAUGCAGAUAAAAAAGAAGCAAAAGCAAUAAAGAAUAAAGAAAUAAAAACUGUAAAGAGAAUAAAAAAGAGACAGGAAGAAGCAAAUAAAAUAAAAGUCAGAAAAAUGAAUAAAAGAGAAAGGCAGAAACAGAACAAUAUUAAAAAGAGACAGGCAGGAAUAGAAAAUCAGCAAAAGACAAAAGAAAAGAAGACAAAAAAAUAAAAAUUAAGCACAACCCGACUAACACCAUCUUAUAUGAACAUGACCAAUUAAUAACGAUCGGGAUCUAUAGACCAGGAACAAGCUGAUUAACUUAUGACUGCCGAUCGGAAC